CUCUGUAUCCUCGCCUGCAGAUGUGACACUGUGAGCGCACAUAGUCAGGAGAGCGCCUCCUGCAGCAGCGCACAAUGAUCCAACUCCUCCGCUCUCCACCCGGCUGCUGCUUUCGGAAAACUCCAGACUGUCAAGGAUUAAAUAAAGUCGUCAGUUCCUGAGAGAAGCGCCGAGAAGCCUCCUUUUUUUUUUGUUUUGCAACAGCAGCAGUGUUCACCAGUUAAACACCCAUCGCGGGCUCCGCUUGCCUCCGUGUUCAACCAUCGGCUCACCUGCAGAGGACAAACCAUGCGCACCCGGGCUGCGCUCCCCCGGUUUACCUCCCUCCUAUUUUUCCUCUUCCUUUCCCCUGUUUUUUCCUCCUCCUCCUCCUCCUCCCGUCCCCAGUGGGUUAUGCAGCGUGUCCCUGUGGUCCUCCCACAGCAGACGGAGGCUCGAUCACCCCCUCACUUCCUUUCUCCGGCCCGCUUGGACGUCAGCUCCUCCUGUGACCCAGAAUGCCACAAGAGGGCCCCUCGCCCGAGCUACUGGGACCUGCGGCGUCUUCUUGCUUAUGAGACACUCCAUUCUGACGGUCAACUCACUGAGACCGCUGUUGGGAUCUAUGGCUAUGACCCCACCUCUAACACCAGUCCAGCCUAUUCCCCGGGGUCAUCUGGGAAGGCUGAGCGGUCACAUGUCAGGAGGAAGCGACAGAUCUUCGGCCACGAUGGGCGUUUUAGCAUCGCUGGGCAGAACUUUCUGCUUAAAUAUCCAUUCUCGGUGGCUGUCAAGCUGUCCACUGGGUGCUCUGGUACACUGGUGGGGGACCGUCAUGUUCUCACAGCUGCUCACUGCGUUCAUGAUGGUAAAAACUAUGUGAAAGGAGCCCAGAAGCUCCGGGUUGGGUUUCUAAAAACCAAGCAACGAGACGCACAGGCUGCUUCCUUUUACCCUCCUUCAAACUUCACCAACCAUGUUGAAGGUGGCUACGCUCCUUACGCCCCACCAACCAAUGACAGAAUGAAGUUCCAGUGGAUCAGAGCUAAACGCACCCACGUGCCCAAAGGAUGGAUUAAAGGAAACGCCAAUGACAUUGGGAUGGACUACGACUACGCUUUGCUUGAACUCAAGAAACCCCACAAACGCCGCCACAUGAAGUUAGGAGUCAGCCCCCCGGCUCAGAGGCUGCCCGGACGACGAGUUCACUUCUCGGGAUUUGAUAACGACCGUCCUGGCAAGCUAGUGUAUCGGUUCUGUCGGGCCGGUGAGGAGACGUCAGACCUGCUGUACCAGCACUGUGAUGCUCAGCCCGGUGCCAGCGGGUCAGGAGUCUACGCCCGGAUGUGGGAUGGGCGGCGCCGGCGCUGGGAGCGGAAGGUGAUAGGCGUGUUUUCUGGGCAUCAGUGGGUGGAGAAACAAGGGGCGUCUCAGGAAUUUAACGUAGCAGUGAGAAUCACGCCUCUCAAAUACGCUCAGAUCUGCUACUGGAUAAAAGGAAACUUUGUGGACUGCCGAGAGGGGUGAGCGGUGUAGCUACGAAACAACGGGCCUGCUACAUCCUCAUGCAUCAUACUGGAAUAUCUGGGGCCGCAAGAAUCCAUGCUUUCAACCCCACUAUUUGUAGCACUGAUUUAACAACAAUGUAAACAUUUUUAUAAACUUUUUUUUUUUUUGUUGACCCUGCUUUAAUGCUGCGUUCAAAUGGAAUCAGGCAGAUGGUAGACAACACCUUCUGGACGGCACAGGAUAAACAAACAAACAGUCUGACAGACCGGCAGGACAGUAUGUUGCCAUAGUGAUGUUGUAGUGUAAUUUUUCUACCACUGUCCAGUAACUGUCCAGAUCAGCUGUGUUUUCGCCUUGUAUGAAGGAGCUUCGUAACAUCAGGUUGACAAGUCGGACAUGGAAGAUGGCAAUGAGUUAAAAUAUUUUAAUUUUGACAAGCAAUGCCAUCUACCAUUACCGUUUCCAUUAUUUUCCACUGGUGUUUAAUCAAAAUUUUUUCCUCCAUCGAUAUGUGCUUCACCCCUGUUAAUGCAUAGCGCCCCCCUCAGUGGUUAGUGGUCAGUGGUUAGGGCAAACGUCCACUUUGCCAUUUACCAUCUCCCUGAUUCCAUGUGAACGCAGCAUAAGCAGCAAAUGUCAAUGAUGUAAAUACAGACCUGAUCCAGUAAUGACACUAAAUUAUGUAAACAGGGCGUGUUCUGUACUUAGUUUUGCAUCUUUACUCACAUCUCUAAAAACAUGAAAAAGUUAGCUACAUUCAUGCUAAACAUCUAUGUCAUGUGGUUUUGCAAAACAGAAGCAGGAACACGAACUGAUGUAUGACAACAACGGGCCCUCAGAUGACAAGGAGCAGGACUGGGAAAAAAACCAUGUCCGUUCAUGCAUUGUAGCCUUUUUAUUGUGCUAAUACUAAAGAUUGCACUGUUGAAACUCUUGAAGAAGUUUUUCUACUGAAAAUGAUUAUUUUUGUGGAUGAAUGUACAAGUCAGCAACCAAAGGUGCCAACAGUUUGUGUCCAAACUAUCAUGUAUCUCCUCUCAGUGGACACAGCAGUUAUCUACAAGCAAGUGUACUCUGUCAGCUGAAAUAACUGUUCAACAUGUUCUUCUGAUGACUCUUUCCAAGGCUGCAGAUGAUGUUAUAUGAAGGACAUUUUGUUGAGUGUUGUACUUUAAUGCUUAGCUCCCUCUUGUGGCAAAGAUAAAACAUUGCAGGUGUCCAACAU